AUACAGCAGCUGAGGAACUCCUUUCUGCCACGCGGGGCGCGGCCGAGCGUUGGGGGCGGAAAGAAUCCGCUGCCACUAGGACCAGGCGGAAGAAGCAUCCCCGCCGACCCCUGGGGAAGGCCGCCGCGGCUCCCCCAGCGCAACCAAUCAGAAGGCUCCUUCGCGCAGCGGCGCGCCAACCGCAGGCGCCCUUUCUGCCGACCUCACGGGCUAUUUAAAGUCCCCUCCAGGGCAGGUGACUGAGGCCGUGAAGGUGGCCAUUGACGUCGGGUACCGCCACAUCGACUGUGCCCAUGUGUACCAGAAUGAGAAUGAGGUGGGGGUGGCCAUUCAGGAGAAGCUCAGGGAGCAGGUGGUGAAGCGUGAGGAGCUCUUCAUCGUCAGCAAGCUGUGGUGCACGUACCAUGAGAAGGGCCUGGUGAAAGGAGCCUGCCAGAAGACACUCAGCGACCUGAAGCUGGACUACCUGGACCUCUACCUUAUUCACUGGCCGACUGGCUUUAAGCCUGGGAAGGAAUUUUUCCCGUUGGAUGAGUCGGGCAAUGUGGUUCCCAGUGACACCAACAUUCUGGACACGUGGGUGGCCAUGGAAGAGCUGGUGGAUGAAGGGCUGGUGAAAGCUAUUGGCAUCUCCAACUUCAACCAUCUCCAGGUGGAGACGAUCUUAAACAAACCUGGCUUGAAGUAUAAGCCUGCAGUUAACCAGAUUGAGUGCCACCCAUAUCUCACUCAGGAGAAGUUAAUCCAGUACUGCCAGUCCAAAGGCAUCGUGGUGACCGCCUACAGCCCCCUCGGCUCUCCUGACAGGCCCUGGGCCAAGCCCGAGGACCCUUCUCUCCUGGAGGAUCCCAGGAUCAAGGCGAUCGCAGCCAAGCACAAUAAAACUACAGCCCAGGUCCUGAUCCGGUUCCCCAUGCAGAGGAACUUGGUGGUGAUCCCCAAGUCUGUGACACCAGAACGCAUUGCUGAGAACUUUAAGGUCUUUGACUUUGAACUGAGCAGCCAGGAUAUGACCACCUUACUCAGCUACAACAGGAACUGGAGGGUCUGUGCCUUGUUGAGCUGUACCUCCCACAAGGAUUACCCCUUCCAUGAAGAGUUUUGAAGCUGUGGUUGUCUGCUCGUCCCCAAGUGACCUAUACCUGUGUUUUCUGCCUCAUUUUUUUCCUUGCAAAUGUAGUAUGGCCUGUGUCACUCAGCGGGACAGCAACCUGUAGAGUGGCCAGCGAGGGCGUGUCUAGGUUGAUGUUGGAUCUCAAGAGCCCUGUCAGUAGAGUAGAAGUCUCUUCCAGUUUGCUUUGCCCUUCUUUCUACCCUGCUGGGGAAAGUACAACCUGAAUACCCUUUUCUGACCAAAGAGAAGCAAAAUCUACCAGGUCAAAAUAGUGCCACUAACAGUUGAGUUUUGACUGCUUGGAACUGUAAUCCUUUCAGCAAGACUUCUCUUUGCCUCAAAUAAAAAGUGCUUUUGUGA